UAGUCAUUAUAACUUGCUUUUUUAGGAAGAUUUAAAAAACAUGGAAAACUCAUUCUGUUGUGACGAAGAUGAAAUAUCUAAACAAAGAUAUAACUCUUCUGUAGAAAGUCUGGAAGAAUUAGAUUGGGAUGGAUUGCUUGAGCUGUGUAAAGAAAAAGAAGAAAAACUUAACCUUGCUGGUACUUAUGGUUUGAAAUUACAUGAGCAAUUAAUAGAAACGCAAAGUCAUAUUGAUGAAAUGAGAGCGCAACAUGAAGCAGAAAUAGAGAAAUUAGUGCAAGAAACCUUUGAACUCAGGAAUAAGUUGGAACUAAAAGAAAAAUCUAUUCACUCACAACAACAAGAAUUUGAGGCAUAUCAAAAACAAGUCUCAAAAAGAAACGAGACAGAUGAAGAAGAGUUAAGAAAUCAAUUUAAAAAGGACUUUAAUUUACUUAAGAAAGAAAAAGAUACAGUAUUGAAUGAUCUUGAUCAGGCUCAAUUAAGAGAGAGACAUGCUAAUACAAAGAUAAUUCAGUUAGAAGAAAAGAUACACGAACUUCAAGCUGAUAAUCAAAAGAAAGUCCAACAUGUCACAACUGAGGACAGCAACUCCGAAGUGUUUCAACUUCAUGAAAAGAUAUUUUUACUAGAAGAAGAAUGUGAACAAAAUAAUGCAAAGAUUCAAGAAUUGCAAAAUGAAAAUCAAACUCUCUCACUAGACUUACGUGCCAAAAUUUCUGAGUUGUCCAGCAUAUCAAAAGAACUUGAAGAAGCGGAAAAGCGUUCUACCAGUUAUUUUAACCACCUGCAGCAAGCAAGAGAAGAAUCUACCGAAGUCAGAGUGGAACUUGAUGCCCUGAAGGCUGAACUUAGAGGCCUAGGACAUUCAAAAACUGGCAACUCCUUAUUUGGUGAACUUGAAGAUAAGCGAGUUGAAAUGGAGAAGAAGUUGCUUUCAAUGCAAGUGAAACACGUGUCACUUCAAAAAGCCUACUCGUUUGUGAAAUCUCAACUGCACAACAUGAAAACGCAAGUGGUAGCUUUAUUGCAAAUGAAUUCUGGUCGAGCUGAUGGAGAAAGAAUUGUGCAUUUAGAAAGAGCACUGUCACAGGCAAAGGAAGAAGCGUUGGCGUUAUCGAAGAAAAUAAAGUCACAAGAGGCUAGUCAGGAUCUUUCUGCAGAAGGAAUUCAAGCUUUAGCAAGGUCACUGCCACAAUUUGAAUGCAAUCAAGACAUGAUCAAUUUUUUAUCUAUUCAACUGGAAGAUUACAAGGCAAAAUUACGAAAAACUGAGGAAGAACUGGAGCAGACGUACAUGAUGAAGCUGGCUGAAAGUGAUAAAUUGCAAACAGCCGAACAAAAACUACACGAGACGGGUGUCUCGUCGGAGAAGUUUAAAAGCGAAAACAUGAAGUUACGUUUGAGACUCGAUGAAAUAAAAAACAAACUGCAAGCAGAAACACAGAAGAGAAUAUUAGUGGAAAAGAAAUUCAACUAUGACUCUACUGAUGAUGUCGUUGCUAUUGGAGUUGCUGAACCUCCAACCAAAGAAAGAAAAUCUCUUCCUUACACAUUAGCAAAAGCGAAAGAGAAAGAAAAUGAAAAGUUCGCUAAAACUUGCAGCAGAACUAAUAAUGCGAAGAAGCCUGCAAGCUUUUCAUCGGGAAUGAAUUGGAAUGUUCUGCCCAAGGAAAUUUUAAAAGAGUUUAAUAUACAACGGAGAGACAAUUUUGAACCGAGUAGGGACAGGAUUGACAAUGUAUUUAAAUCACCAGCUGUUAGUGCAUCCACACAGCAACCAUCGAAGGAAAACAGAACUCCCAUAGACCGUCACAAUACGAAGGGACGUCCCACCCCUGAAACUUCGAAAUCGCGUAAAGUGAGCUUUAAAGAAGAACCAGAAACAAUUGUUGUGUCUUGUCCCAAUGCUUCAGUCAUCGACGAAUCCGCGGAGAACUUUGGAUUACCGGAAACGAAUCAAGAGACAAAGGAAAAGAUAUCUUCGGAGCUAUCAAAUACGCCAUCACCGGAACCUUUACAAUCCAGCUCGGUGGGAAAUAUUAAUAGGAACAUUAAAAUUGAUAAUGAAGCCAACAAGAUUUUUAAUAUCCCAAAAGCAACAAACGAUGAUAAUCCCGAAUGCAAAAUGCAGUAGUUGAAUGAAUGGGAAACUUUGAAGUUGUUUUGUAAUUUUUCAACUAGCCCCCUGAUUUGUAAAACACAUAUUUCGUACAAUAAAUUCCUGAGAUUCCUCAGGCGUCACAAA